CGCACAGUCCAAACAUAAUACGAAGUCUAAUGUCAAAAUGAUUUGUUUUGAUGUGCUUCAAUAGUGAAAAAAUCAUAAAUUCUUUACAAAACACGGUCAAAUAAUAAGAUUCCUUCAACAGUCGAGCCAUGGCCGAAGCCACAAUUACCAUGAAUCAAAAUACAUUUCAAAAGUCAGCGGAACCGUUGCACAUUCAGCGAUUGGAAGCUUGCCUCGAUCUCGGUCCGUUCAUGAAAUAUGCUCAAGAUAUCCUCUCACGGCCGCUAACCAGCAGCGAUGACAGCGAUUCGGAUGUGAAUCCGGAGAUCUUAGGACCCGGUGAUCGGGUAAUGAAUGGAGUUGUUUCAUCACAAUCAGGUCGCCGCAAUGACAAAAGUGUUAUGUAUAACUUCACGAAUGUUGGAAACGACCGUAAAUGGCUGCAAGAUUUGUUGCUCAGCGACACCGACUCAGAUGAAAAUGUCAGCGACGAAGACGAGUACAUCAAGACAAUGCUAAAAGAUCAUGUGAAGGAGCAAAAAUAUCGUCGGAAAUACUACACAAAUGCAAAUAAUGCCCAGUACGGCUAUUACGGCACCGGUUUACUGUCCAAUUUCGACAGCUUCUACGAGCACCGACGGUCGAUCGUUGGAACAAAGAAACGGAAAUACAAAAAGUCGGACAAAACGAAAUUGUCGAAGAAGAAGCUGCAAAAGCUGAAAAACGAGAUGAUGGAGGAUGGUGACCUAGAUGGAGCCGACAUCGAUUGGGAUGAUUUGUCGAUGUUGAAAGACGACGACGGUUUCGAUUCAAAGCCACACAGUCCGGGUGGCGGUCCAUCGAAACGUGGUCGCAAGAAGCAAGCGCUACUCAAAACACCAGAAGUAUUGGCGGCACGGCGACGAAAAAUCUGGCAAUUGAUGGCCAAAAAGGAAUUGGGUAAAGUUCAGCGAGCCAAGGCGAACAAUCACAAAGAAGUGUUAACGAGUUGCAAACGGUACGCGACCAUGUGCAUGAAAGUGUCCCGACAGAAGGCAAUGAUGUCGCAGAAGAAUAUGAAGGAAACGGUUUGGCGUGCCAAGAGAUUAACGAGAGAAAUGCAAGGAUAUUGGAAGCGGUACGAUCGAGUCGAGCGUGAGACGAGGCGACGUAUGGAGAAAGAAGCAGAAGAACAACGAAAGCACGACGUUGAACUAAUCGAAGCGAAGAGGCAACAGAGGAAACUAAACUUUUUGAUCACACAGACCGAGUUGUAUGCGCAUUUCAUGUCGAAAAAAUUGGGUCUUGGUACUGAAGAGGAACAGUUACGAAUUCUCAAUCAAUUGGACGAAGAAGCACAUCCCCGACUGGCCGCUAUCGACGAUUACAACAGCGAUCGAAUGAAACAAAUUGCUCAAAAAAAUGCAGCCGAAGCAUUCAACAUGGAAAGACAGCGAACCAAAGAAUUCGAUCUGUUGGCCAAUUAUCAACCGAAUCCGGAACCAAUUAAAAAGGAAGAAGAACUACCCCAGCCGAACAUAUUCGCUGGAAACCUUAAAGGCUAUCAGAUCAAAGGAAUGACCUGGCUGGCCAAUCUGUACGAUCAAGGCAUCAGUGGCAUUCUGGCCGACGAGAUGGGUCUGGGCAAAACGGUCCAGUCGAUAGCAUUUCUCUGCCACAUCGCUGAAAACUAUGGCGUUUGGGGUCCGUUCUUGAUCAUAUCACCGGCAUCAACGUUACACAAUUGGCAACAGGAAAUGCAACGAUUCGUACCGGAUUUCAAGGUCAUACCGUACUGGGGAUCGCCGAACGAACGGAAAAUUCUGCGACAAUUUUGGGAACCGAAAGACUUGCACACAAAAGAUGCGAGCUUUCACGUUGUCAUAACCAGCUAUCAGCUGAUUGUGUCGGACUACAAGUAUUUCAAUCGAUUGAAGUGGCAGUACAUGAUAUUGGAUGAAGCACAGGCGAUCAAAAGUUCAUCGUCCGUUCGAUGGAAGAUGUUGUUGGGAUUCAAUUGUCGGAAUCGAUUGUUACUUAGUGGAACGCCCAUUCAGAACAGCAUGGCUGAGUUGUGGGCAUUGCUUCAUUUCAUUAUGCCGACGUUGUUCGACUCGCACGACGAAUUCAACGAAUGGUUCUCGAAAGAUAUUGAAAGUCAUGCGGAGAACAAGACGGGAAUCGAUGAAAAACAAAUCUCUCGCCUCCAUAUGAUCCUCAAACCGUUCAUGUUGCGUCGAAUCAAAAAAGACGUGGAAAAUGAACUGUCCGACAAGAUCGAAAUCAUGGUCUACUGCCCGUUGACGACACGGCAGAAGCUGCUGUACAUGGCACUGAAACGGAAAAUUCGCAUCGAAGAUUUGCUGCAAUUCACCGACCGUACUUCGGAAGGUCAUGGACAAAUUAUGGACAAAAAUUUCACAUCCAGCCUGAUGAAUCUGGUCAUGCAAUUCCGGAAAGUGUGCAACCAUCCGGAAUUGUUUGAGCGACGUGAUGCCAAGAGUCCGUUGUAUUUGCCGUACAUUGAGUACGUUGUACCGAAAUUAGUGUAUGACGAAUGUCUGCUGGUUCGUGCAAUGCCCAGCAAACGGCACUUACUGUUCAACAAAUUCAGUAUUUACAACGCAAAUACCAUCCACCGAUCGUUGACUCCACAUCACGCUGACGACAGUUCCGUCGAAUACACCAGACAUGUUGACUUAAAUAUUGGAAAUGGCUUCUCGUUCACUCGAUUCUGCGACAUUAGUCCGCAUGAAUUUGAGAAGUUUAGCAUUGACGGUCUAAUAUUCAUGUUACAACGAUGCGAACACCUGUUUCGUCUGCUAUUACUUUUGGCUUACCGCAGUCAAUGGUGGCAAGGAUCCACCAAAUGUCUGUCAUCAUUACUCUUGGAAGCGACGUUAAAGAAAAACUUAGCGCUGCAGAGUAGUCCAACUGUAAAGGGACUUCUAUUCACAAAGAUGGUUCCAUCCCAUCAAUCCGUCUACACAUUUACGCAACACACCGUCAAUUCGAUGGCCGAAACUGUCGAACAUCGGAUCAUACGCAGCAAACAUGCCCGCCAAUCCGAAUUAAUCGUCGAGGUGCGCAAUGAAUUGAGUGUCGAUGAUUUCACGCCGAAAAAGCAGUUGUCGCCAUCGAAACCAUCGUCGUCAAAAAUGGACACAUCGCCGAAAUCUACCCAUCAAAGUACUUUACUUCCCGCCUUCCACCACAUUCCACGUCUGCAACGGAAAUUCGAAUGCCAACCGACAACGAUGCCAAAUUUUUUGUACGGCAUUGGACCAAAGGUUACAACUCGAGGCGUUCGGCAAUACACCGCCAGUCGAUCGGCAGCAUGGACUGCAAUCCGACACGAACAAUGCGAAAACCCUAUCGGUCAAGAAUUGGUUCGCGAUGGCCUGGAUGUGUGUCGUCCGCAUUGCGGUUGGUCCAAUAUCAGCGUACCGGAUAAGCAAACAUUGAUAUCGGAUGCUGGUAAACUGACCGUGUUAGACGCUUUGUUAACGAGACUGAAGGCACAGAAUCAUCGGGUGCUGAUCUAUUCACAAAUGACAAAAGUGAUUGACUUGUUAGAGGAGUAUAUGUGGCAUCGAAAACAUCGAUACCAUCGACUUGACGGAUCCAGUAAAAUAUCUGCUCGUCGUGAUAUGGUUGCCGAUUUUCAAAAUCGAUCGGACAUUUUUGUAUUCUUACUGUCAACGAGGGCUGGAGGACUGGGUAUCAACUUGACUGCUGCCGAUACGGUAAUAUUUUACGAUUCCGAUUGGAAUCCAACAGUCGACCAGCAAGCGAUGGAUCGUGCCCAUCGUCUCGGUCAAACGAAACAAGUCACCGUCUACCGUCUCAUCUGUAAAGGAACGAUUGAGGAGCGCAUCUUACAACGUGCACGUGAAAAGAGUGAGAUCCAACGUAUGGUCAUAAGUGGUGGCAACUUUAAACCAGAUACACUUAAGCCAAAGGAAGUCGUAUCGCUAUUGCUUGAUGAUGAAGAAAUUGAGCUCAAGUAUCGGCAACGUAACGAAGAAAGGAAAAGCAUAACCGGUGAUGAUCAGCCUAAAGUAGAGAAAGAGAAAGAUAAGAAACGAAAACCAGUGGCAUCGACAUCAAGGCAGUCAUCACUAGAGGCGUCGAAAAAAAUCAAAUUGGAAGAUGCGGAUGAUUUCCCUUUCACGGAAACGGCUAGUGGUAUGGCCAGUCCCGCUCACAGUGAUGCAUCGCACGAAAGUAAUAAGUUUGUUCCCGAACCAGUCGUCGGUCACGAUGAAUCCAGCAACGAAGCACUAAUUGUCGAUUGUGACAGUCCCAGCGAUCAUGAUGCUCCUGCCUCGUUUUCGUACGAUAUGCUUGGCAAAUCAAGACGAAGACAUCCACCGAGAGGAGCCAAACGAGGAAGACCACGUGGAUCUAGACGCGGUGGUGGCACUGGCAGUCUUGGACGGUCAGAUACAUCGGCUAAGGGUUCGAUUGGAGGCCUAGCCCAACCAGGCGAUAACAUAUCAAUUCCGCCGGCAAUUCCACAGGCAAAACGUGGACCGGGUCGACCGCGAUUGAAGCCAAACGGUCCCGGCAAUCAGGGCCAACGAACACCGGUUCGAAUACGCAAACCAAUCGGUCCGUUAGUGGUGCCGCUUGGUUCGAGUCCAGCUCCAACGCCACCCGGUCGUAGUCCAGCAAUGAGUCCAGCACCGUCCAUUCAUGAACGAGGACUGGGCUUCUAUCAAUCUACCGACGACGAACUGUUCAAAGAUGAACCGAUUGUGAUGAAGCAAGAGUUUUAUUGAAUGGAAUGGAAAGAAAAGAAUUUUUUUUUUGUUGUGGUGUGAAUGGAUACGCAAUUGAUGUACGUUUUGGUUGUACACGAUGUAUUUGAUGUAUUGGAAAAAGGCAAUUAAAAAUGCGUUUGUGGUUUGACGAAAGA